CUUCAACUAUUCUUUGCACAGUCGAGCAUCUAUCUCUUGGCCACUAGAGACAAUGACAGCCGUCGUGCAGCCCCAGCAACAAAGAAACGGUGGGCCCGUCCUGGUGCACGUAGAAUUCGAGGUAUUUGGUGGAGUUCAAGGUGUCCACUUUGCGAAGUAUUGCAAGGAAAUGUGUGAUCGCUUUGAUUUGAAAGGUUGGACGAAACCGUCAGCUUAUGGAACCAUCCAGGGAGUUAUUCAAGGAGAAAAAGCAAUGGUAGAUGAAAUGGCCAUGUGGUUGCAACAUCAAGGUGCUCCUGGAUCUCGUAUCGACCACUGCGAUUUAAGAAAUUGGCAAAUAGUUGACAGAUGCGAUUACAGACGUUUUAAUGUUCGUUAUUAAAAAAUUAGUCUUGUAAUUGGAUUCUUUCUUUGUUCCUCAUCGCAAAAUCAUGUUGUUAAUAAACAGUAUUAUUUUGAUAA